UAGUGGUGGCAGUGGUGGCGCUGGUGGUGGUGCUCUCGACAGAGCCUGUGUGUGGCGUGGUGCACCUGCGGGCGGCGGGGCGAGCGAUUGGGGCGGGGAUGACAGAUGCGGCAACGACGGCGGUGGUGUAUGGCGCGAGCAAGAAGAGCAGACAGAUGCUGGCAGCAGCAUGUACCCACAUCGGGUUUGUUCCGCCGGAUGGGGACCAUGUCCACUGUGUGUGGGGUGAUCCGCAAGUGGCGGCUGCUCUCGCGGCGGCGCAGCGGGUGGUCUUCCUUGGCUCGCCUCGGCGUCCAGACACCUUUCCGGUCCUUUCUCAGCGAGUGAGUGGCAGGGUGGAGCAGAUUUCAUCGGCGCGCGAGUGGGAGGCUGCGCUCGCUGGGUCUGAUCCCAUUGUUGACGUGAGCAGCGUUCCGGCGUUUCCACAAUGACAAAGUGGGCGGUCCCGGUAGUCGCGCCGCGAGAUGCGGUGCCGGGCUGGCUGGAUGGGCACGGUGUGGUGGUGGGAGUUGUCGAUACUGGCGUUGACGUGGACCAUUGCUUGCUGGCGGACGGGUGCAACGGCGACGAGGCGAGGCGGUCGACAACGGCGGACGGCUGGCGUGCGCCGGACGGCCGCAAGAUUGUGGCGUACUUUAACCACACCGACUUUGAUGACAGCCCCGGGGGCACGGAACGCAUGUGGUGGCGACGCUUGUUGGAUCUCCUCCCGAGUGCGCCGGUCCGGGUGCGGCCGUCGAUUCUGCGACGUUUGCACCCGAGACAGCGCCGCUGGCGGGGUGGGGCGGGGCGGCGACUGGCGCACGGGUAGCGUUUGCGGACGUCGGUGACUCGAGCGGAGAGCUCGAUCUCCCGCAUGAUCUGGCGGGAGCGCUCUUUGAGCCGCUGGUUGUGUCGGCAAACGCGACGAUUGUGUCCAACUCGUGGGGCGCGACCGCCAACGUGUACUCGUUCGCGGCGUCGCAAGUCGAUAGCUUUGUGGCGAGCCGGCCGGAUGUGCUACUCCUGUUUGCGGCUGGCAACUCGGGCUCUGAUGGUUGGUUCUCUGUCAAUCAUCCAGGGACGGCCAAGAACGCAGUGACUGUGGGCGCGACACAUGCACCUGCGGCGUCAUCGCACGCCUAUCUUGCGCGCGGCCGAGCGGUGCUCGCGUCGCGUGGACGGAGCACGUCGUGGCUGGUCCGGCUCGCCUCGUUUGGCCCGCGACUGCCGCUUGGCGCAACGCCGAUCUCGGGCAGGCUGGCGAUGGCGAGCGAUGGAGUGAUGUGCGAGGCGCCUGCGCCCGGCUCGCUGCGUGGCGUUGUAGUCUUUGCCGCCCGUGGGCGGUGUUCAUUUGCGACCAAGGGCAUGCUGGCAAGUGUGGGAGGAGCAGCGGCCGUGGUGGUUUUUGGCAGCGACGACUCGGGUGCCAUCGGCAUGGUGUUUGAGGCGGAUGAAGCAGAGAUUGCGGCCAACGUUACGGUGGUGACGGUUGCGGUGGCGGCGACGACGCGAAAGGUGCUCAUUUCGGUGCUCGAAUCCGGGGGAGACGCGAGUGUCGAGCUGAGCGGGCUCGAUCCGGCGACGCUCGAGCUCGACAGCAGCCUGGGCCACAAUCUGCACCUGGACGUAGCGCCAGGCAGCGUGGCGUGGUUUUCAUCGCGCGGACCGACGUUUGAUGCACGGCCCAAGCCGGACGUGCUGGCGCCGGGCGCGUACGUGACGUCGGCCAACUCGCUGGAUGGCUCCAACGCCGGCGGGUUCUGCAACGAAGCGUCGUUGGUGACGUAUCCGGGCACGUCGAUGGCGGUGCCGCUGGUGGCCGGGAUGGCAGCGCGGGUGACGCAACUGUUCCGGGCAGCAGGCCGCGAACCGAACGCGGCGCUGCUGCGUGCGGCGCUUGCGGCAUCAGGCGCCGAGAGCACCACAUCGGCGGCGCUGCCGGCGUUCUUUGCCACAGGCUUUGGCCAGGUCUCGCUGGCACGGCUUGUGCCGGCCGAGUGGCCGCGCGACGCGGGUCGGCUCCCGUUUGCGGCUGAGCACGGACAGGUGGCAGGUGGCGGUGACGAAGCUGUUCGUUGCUGGCAGAUUGUCGACGCACAGAGUGUUUUGGUGGCGGCACUGGCUUGGACCGAUCCUCCGGCCUCGGUUCUUGCCGCGCACCCGUUGGUCAACGACCUUGACCUGGUGGUGGCGCUGCCGUCGACGGGAGCAAGGCACCGGGCUGCAAUCGACGGCAACAAUCUUGAGCGGGUUGUGGUUGACCUGGUAAGCGCCGGGCUUGGUGUCGGUGACGUGGUGGUGGUCGGUGUGCAGGCGGGGCGGAUGCUCUCGACCGAGGCCCAGGCGUACGGGCUCACAGUUCACGGCCUCACGCGUGCCGAGUGGCGCGCACGCGAACUAGAGAGUGUGAUGGAGCUCUUGCCGCAAGCCGAAUGCGCACAAGCUGUGGCAGCGAUGCCGGUACCAGGAUGCAACGGGCACGGCGAGGCGACGGCGCUUGGCGGAUGCAACUGUGUGGCGCCGUACUUUGGCCGUGAGUGUGGCGACGCGGCGGUAGAAGUGGCAAUCGGGGCAAGCGCUACAGGACAAGUGGGCAUCCUGGGGUGGGCGUACUACGUGGUCACGCCAAGCAUUGAGGGAAUGCUCGGAGUGACGAUGGACGCACCAAGCGUCAACGCCGAUGCGGACCUGUUUCUCAGCGUCAGCGGCACACUCCCGACCGAGCUCGUGCACGAUGCUGCCGAUACCGGGACCGGGCGCAGCUCGCGGGCGUGGAUAUCGGUCUCUGCCGGGACGCGGGUGUACAUCGGCGUCUACGGCUACUGCUGCGCCGACGCGGGGUUUACGCUCGAGACGGCGGUGGUGGCGCGGGACGCCAUGGCUGACCAGGUCGUGCUGCCCGGCACCGAGCUGGCGAGUGUGGAAAAGGGUGAGCUGAGUGGUUGGGCGUGGUUUGCCGAGGGCGCGGCGAUCGGAGUUGCAGUUGGAGGUGCAGCGGCGGCGGCGGUUAUGGCUGGGUGCGGGGCAUGGCAGGCGCGGCGACGUAACAGAUAAAGAUGGGCUCACCGCG